AUGGCCACGACCGGUGGGCACUGGCCGCCGAGCGCGACGGCGGUGGCGCUCGGUCGAGCGUUCUCGUGGGUGCAAAUCGCGCUCUGGACGGCUACGUUUUUCGGCGAGCGGGCGGCGACGCGCGUCUUCGGCGAGAGCGCGGUCGUCCCGGCGUGGUUGAAGUCGAUGAGCGAGAAUAAGUUUCAAACCGCCAUCAUGACUUUUUGGGUGUUCAACAUCGUGAGCGCGAACGUGUUGAACACCGGGGCGUUUGAGGUGUUUUACGACGGCGAGCUCGUGUCUUCAAAGUUGCAGAGCGGGAAAUUGCCGAGGGUCGAUACGAUAUUCGAAGGGAUUCGCGCGAUUCAGGGGAAGUAG